AUGUCGACCCUUCCCCGCACGCUGAGCAACCUGCGCAAGGUUGGCAUCAAGGAUUACUUCCGCCAAAUGCUGUAUAUCGGCGACACCAAGUACGGUCGACUUGUCGGCACCGACCGCGCCGGUAACAAGUUCUUCGAAAACAUGGAGGAGUUGCCUCUCCGUACGCGCUGGGUCGAAUAUGCCAAGCACGACUACGACGCCGCCCAGAUUGAUCCCGGCUGGCACGCCUGGAUUUCGUACGCUGUGGACAAGCCACCGACCGAGGAUAAGCUGAUGGCUACAGGCUUGAGGAAGUUUGAGAAGCCGCAUCCUAUUCCGAAUUAUACUCAGACUAGGGGCGCGUUCAAGACGUACAGCACGACCAAGCCCAAGAUCUCAGCGUGGGAGCCCGUUGCUGUCCAGAGGACGUAG